AUCCUGUACGCGCCCAACCUCGAGGAAAGCGCAAGACACAUAUGUACAAUCAUGCAAUGGAAGUAAGGUUCCUGCAUACCUACCUCCUGCCUAUCAUCCACCAUGGGGGGCAUCUACGCGAUUCCCCUUUGUCCCCGGUGGACUUUGUUGCAUGUACUGGAUUGGCCAGUCCUUCCAUCCCGUGCGGAUCUGAGAAUAAGAGGAUGUACCUAUCAUAUAAACAUACAACAUACCUACAUAUAAUGACUAUCAUAUAAUAUACCUGCGUUUCUGUGGAGCUAUGCGCCGCAUUCUUUUCCUUUUAUUACGCCAGCAGCUCUGCAUUCCCGUUAAUAUCGCGUCUUACCUCCGUGGGCAUUUUAUUAUAGAGGCUUCUUUUUUUGUUUUUUUGGCUGCGUAUAGAUUUCUUGCUCUGUCCUGUGCCUCCUUUAGAUGCUCAUGCUAUUUCGAGCUCUUCUAUACAGAUGGCUGCUUCACUUAUAGGAAAGGCGUUUACCGCCUUUCUUCUAAUCGCACCUAGCUUCGGGCUACCUCACGAUUCACACGUAGAUAAUUACUUGAGGAGCAGAGACAAGCCAAGCCUUGUACAGCCGAUACAUCAGUCUUUCCCCCUCGGCGCUAUCAAGCCGCGAGGAUGGUUCAAAGACCAAUUACAAUUAGAGGCUCACGGACUUGCCGGUAACUUGUUCGAUUUCUACCGCUUUGUCCACGACUCUAUGUGGAUAGGCGGUUCAACAGAGUAUUCCGUGCUUAACGAGGCAUCUCCAUAUUGGUUCAAUGGCCUCGUACCUCUUGCCUUCGGAUUGGAUGAUCCGAGGCUUAAGGGACAAGUCUAUUCCUAUAUGGAUUAUGUCCUUGAUCACCAGCAGAAGGAUGGCUGGCUCGGGCCUGAGACUACCCCUGAAUCCCGAGGCUUAUGGGCACGCUGCUACUUUCUAUUGGGGUUGAUGCAAUACGCCCAAGCAGACCCUUCUCAAGAAGACAGAAUUGUGGAUGCCAUGCAUCGAUACAUCCAACUUGCUCACAGCAUGCUAAAAGACGGCUUCAGCGGGCUGAUACAGAAGGACGGCCAAAAUUUCGACGGGGAUGGGUUCGGUCCCAUGCGAGCUCACGAGAUGCACAUCCCACUGCAAUGGCUUUACGAGCAGCAUCCUCGAAACAACUCGCAGAUAAUAUGGGAAACCAUGGAGCUGAUGAUCGAAGGAAGCGCCGAAGCCAGUAGCGAUUGGAGAACUUAUUGGGUCAAGGGAGUAUACCCAGAAGUCACAUAUACUCCUAGGAACGAACCCUUUAAAGACCUAUUCAACCAUGGCGUUAAUAUGGCAGAAGGCCUUCGAUACCCAUUAUCGAUAUACCGAAUGACGCACGACGAAACAUUGAAGACGCAGACGAGAACUGCGGUAGAUUUGUUAGCGCAAUAUCACAAGUCUUUAGCCGGAACGAUCGUCGGCGAUGAAUUCAUCACAGAUCUCAACCCGAUAAGAGGGGCAGAACUCUGCACCGCUGCAGAGUUGACAUUUUCUAUGGCGUAUAUUUACCAGUAUCUCGGCGAUAACGACUUGGCAGACUGGGCAGAGCAAGUUGCGUUCAAUGCCGUGCCCGGAUCCAUCUUCCCAGAUUGGUGGUCUCACCAAUAUGUACAGCAGGAAAAUCAGCCGUGGUCGCGUACUCUGUCGGUGAAUCCCGAUAUGUGGGUAAAUGUUGGAGUUCACGGUAACGUGUUUGGCUUGGAACCCAACUACCCCUGCUGCACGGUUAAUCACCCUCAGGCGUAUCCCAAGUUUCUUGCCAAUUCUUUCACGCUUACCGACGGAGGAAUUGCUCAUGUUCUACUCAUCCCCGGAAGCAUCAGUACCUCGUUGGGUCAUAAUCGAGUAACCAUCCAGGCCGACACUAACUACCCCUUCGGCAUGGGUAUCAAAUACUCGAUCACGGCAGCAUCUGAUUUUACGUUCUACGUUCGAAUUCCGGGCUGGGCAGACAAAUCGAGUACCAUCGUAGGACCUUCCGGCAAGUCGAGUCAGAUUUCCCCAUCGGAUAAGGGGCUGCAGAAGAUCGAAGUCAGCAAAGGCUUCAGCUUUAUUAAUGUUAAUCUCGAGACGGAGCCGCGCGUAGUCACGAGGCCCAACAAUACCGCGGCAAUAUACUACGGAUCGCUGCUCUAUAGUCUCCACAUCGAUGCUAACGUAUCGGAUGUACCGGUAGUCGCGUUCGGCGGCGAUGCGAUACCAAGUACAAGCACUACAUAUCAUACGCACGACCAUGUUAUCGAGCCUGCAAGCAUAUGGAAUAUCGCUAUCGAUCCGUCGCAGAUAAAGGUGGUGCAAGCGGAUGUGUCAACUUUGGCGGAUCCGAUCUGGGACCUCGGUGCGCCCCCGGUUGAACUUCGCGUAGCCGCUGUCGAGAUAGACUGGCCUCUCGAAUUCGACACUGCGGCAGAUCCUCCUCUCGAGCCAAAGAUCAGCGGAAAGCCUUUCAGCGCACGCUUCGUACCGUUCGGAAGCGCUAAGAUACAUAUGGCGCAUCUCCCCGUUGUCGAAUUAGCCAAGGUAGACUUAUCGAGCUGAUAGAGACAUUUUAGAUGGAUAGAUGUAGUUUAGGCGAUAACGGUAGAACAUAGGAGCUUAGACUAGUAAUAGUUUUGCAUACAGUUACAUUGUAGAGAGCCUUGUUUACUUAGUUACUCUAUUAAAUGCAAUAUCACGACGGAGAGAUUAAAGAGUAUGUAUUGGAUUAAUCUCCAAGGCAAAGAAGCAAAUGCGAUGGACCAUGACCCUUUUUUCACCAUUAUGACUAUAGCGGAAAUAGGGGUAAGGGAGGCUUGGCAACUUAUUGUGCGAAUCUCCAAUACAUGGCGGACUAAGGAUUAAGAAAACAAACUUUUUAUUCAUUUAUUACUAAGUUAGAUUAGGUACUUCCAUAUAACCCUCAAAGGUUCCGAACUUUUUCCAAAAUCAAUCAUCAAUCUCUCACGCGUACCUAAUCUCUCCCCGUAUCAUCAGUAUUCAUAGGUCGAGCCGCCACCCCAGCCACGCGAUCGAUCAGCUUGGGGGAUCUUGAAUUAGCAGCGGGCUCGCAUCCCAUAUACCGGCGACGAC